AGGAGAACACAAAAUAAUAUUUAAAACGAAAUUUUUUGUUAAAGAAUUUUUUUUAGGUUUCGAUUUCAGUUCAGUUAAAAAUUAAACGUACGCGUGUGAAGACGUUCAAUAAAGAACCGUUUAUCUUAAAUAAAAACAAAUAAAAAAAAUUAAAAAAUUUCCUUUUACAUCCCCUUAAUUUAAAAAUCUCUAUAAAAUGUCUCAUUCUGUAACCAUUACUCGCACCACCACCAGCACCACUAACACUUCCUAUAUUGUGUUGAAUACUGGUUACCUGAAAAGCUUUUCAGGUCUAUUGAAAUUAUUCGAAUUGCUUAUUGGUGGUGCCAUGGUUGGCAUUUUCAGUUAUUAUCAAGGAUAUAAUUUCCAUAAUACUUACGAUGGUGUCGUCUUUACCUUUUUAAUGGCGGUGACAUUUAUGAUUGGCACAUUUUGUUUACUGUUAUCAUGUUUAAUAUCCCUGAGCACGGGUGGAAUUAUUUCCAAAACUAUUUAUGAACUAAUUUAUCACAGUGUUGCAGCCAUUCUACUCUUAGUCAGUUCCACAAUUUUGAUUAUUUCUGUUACCGAUAGAUACAGAAAACAUGAUGCUUAUCUGGCUGCUAGUGUUAUGGGUUUGGUAAACAGUGUUCUUUAUUUCAUUAGUGCCUUCUUGGCCCACCGAUCUUAUCGUGGCAUUUAAAUGUACAAUAAGAAAGAUCCAAAUAUUAAUUAAGGUGUUCCAAAAAGCAAAAAAAAAAAAAUUACUUAAUUGAUAUUCAAAUGAAAUCUUAAC